AUGAGCCCGCUCCGAAUUGCAUUCCUCCAUCCUGAUCUCGGAAUAGGUGGUGCUGAGCGCCUGGUCGUCGACGCUGCGCUCGGCCUCCAAAACCUCGGUCACCACAUCGACUUGUACACUUCACACCAUGACCCGACGCACUGCUUCGAAGAGACUAGAGACGGUACCCUCCGCGUCCACCAUGUCGUCCCCCCAUUCCCCCGGUCGAUACGUGGCAAAUUCCAUAUACUCUUCGCGCACGCUCGUCAGCUACAUUUAACUCUCCAUCUCUUACUUCGAGGAGGGCCAUCAUACGAUGUAUACUUCGUAGAUCAACUGUCGACAUGUAUUCCAUUCCUGCGAACGUUCGGCAAAACACGCGUGGUGUUUUAUUGUCACUUUCCAGACAAGCUCUUGGCCAACGGAGAAUUCGUCGAGGGCAAGUUCGCAAAGAUGAAAGGGGGGAUCCUGAAACGUCUAUAUCGAAUCCCCAUGGAUUGGGUGGAAGAGUUGACAACCAGACAGGCAGACAUUAUACUAGCCAACUCGAAAUUCACCUCCCAGGUAUUCCAAACCUACUUCAGAUCAAUACCACGCGUCCCUCGUGUCGUGUAUCCCGGCAUCAACAUCUCUGCUUACGAGACCGCCGUCGACUGGAGUGAUCCCGACAUUGUUCAAGUGAUAUCUGACCGCCCCACCCUCUUGUCUCUGAACCGCUUUGAGAAGAAGAAGAAUGUUGCCUUGGCACUUGCAGCGUUCGCUCAAAUGAAGACCGGCUCCACACGUUUAGUAAUUGGUGGUGGCUACGACCAUCGUCUCGAAGAUAAUAUCCAGACACUCGCGGCUCUCGUCAGGACAGCCGAGUUGCAUUCCCUCACUUUCAAUAUCAUCACCCCUGCAUCAUCUAACACACCGAUUCCUCCCUUCAAAUGCCAACUCGUCGAACCAGACAUUCUCUUCGUGCUCAACUUCACCACCGGCCAACGGUCAGCUUUGCUCACCUCCUCAUCUACGCUCUGCCUACUCUACACGCCGGCCAAUGAACAUUUCGGCAUUGUCCCUGUCGAAGGCAUGCUCUGUGGUCUGCCUGUCCUCGCGUGCGAUAGCGGUGGCCCGACCGAGAGUAUUUUGGACUCGCCAGAGUCCGAGCGAACUGGCUGGCUAUGUCGGCCGGACGCGGCUGUAUGGGCUGAUGUACUGUCGAAGAUCGUUGCGCUCUCGAAGGGAGAAAGGGAGGCCCUUUCGGAAAGGGCUAAGUCGCGAGCGAAAACAUUGUUUGGCAUGCAAACUAUGGCGAGAGAUAUUGAAGAUGCCCUUCAGGAAGCCAGUACCUUGGGACCCGUCGAAGGCAUGGCAAUCCUGGUGCUGAUAUGA